GCUUUCCAAAAGUUGCAAGUACCUUACUCGGUUUAAUUUCUGAGCUAGUAGCUAGUGUCGGUAGUUGAAAGCUUUUAUAUUCCAGCCAAAUCUCUUAAUUCAGUUUCAUUCACUCAUUAUUUAUUAUUCUUCCAUUUCCAUCUACAUCAUUAUCUUCUUCUUCCAUUCAAGUUUCAACUAAAUGAAGUGUACAAGAAUGGACCAACUGUUAAGUCUUGUAAUAUGUACACUGCUUUUAUUACUAAAGGCAGAAGGAGUUGCUGUGCCAAUCACUUAUGUUCAAAGUGCAGUGGCAAAAGGAGCUGUUUGUUUGGAUGGAAGUCCACCAGCUUACCACUUUGAUAAAGGAGUUGGAGCUGGAAUUGACAAUUGGAUUGUUCACUUUGAGGGAGGAGGAUGGUGCAACAAUGUCUCUACUUGCCUCGAUCGUAGGGACACUCGUUUAGGAUCAUCGAAGAAAAUGGAUAAGCAACUUUCAUUUUCUGGAUUUUUCAGUAACGGCAAAAAGUUUAAUCCAGAUUUCUAUGAUUGGAACAGAAUCAAGGUUAGGUACUGUGAUGGCGCAUCAUUUACCGGCGAUGUUGAAGCUGUCGAUCCAGCAACCAAUUUGCACUUCAGAGGAGCAAGGAUUUUUGUUGCUGUCAUUGAAGAUUUACUAGCAAAAGGAAUGAAAAAUGCUAAAAAUGCAAUUCUCUCUGGAUGUUCAGCUGGAGGAUUGACUUCGAUUUUACAAUGCGAUCGCUUCAAAACUCUUUUACCUGCAGCAGCUAAAGUGAAAUGUGUUUCAGAUGCUGGUUAUUUUAUCAAUGUAAAGGCUGUUUCUGGAGCACAACACAUUGAACAAUUCUACAGUCAAGUUGUUCAAACACAUGGCUCAGCGAAGAAUUUACCUCAGUCUUGCACUUCAAGACUCUCACCAGGGCUGUGCUUUUUUCCGCAAAAUGUGGCAGCGCAAAUUAAAACACCGAUUUUCUUUGUAAAUGCAGCCUAUGAUUCAUGGCAGAUUAAGAACAUUUUGGCACCAGGUGUUGCUGAUCCUCAUGGCACUUGGCGUAACUGCAAGCUUGAUAUAAACAAUUGUUCACCUAAUCAAUUAACUACAAUGCAAGGUUUCAGGACACAAUUCUUGCAGGCAAUUAGUGGGCUUAGUAACUCUCCAUCUAAAGGAUUGUUUAUAGAUGGUUGCUAUGCUCACUGCCAAACUGGAAUGCAGGAAACAUGGAUGAGAAGUGACUCUCCAGUUCUGGCCAAUACUACAAUAGCAAAGGCUGUGGGAGAUUGGUAUUAUGACAGAAAGACUUUUCAUCAGAUAGAUUGUCCUUACCCUUGCAACCCUACUUGCCAUAACCGUGUUUUUGAUCAAAACAAGCUACCAGAAUUUUAGGUUCAUUCAAGUAUACAUAUAAUAAUUUCUACAAAAUACACUUAUUGGGUAAAUUAGUUAUGAAAAUGUGAUUUAUAAUUUGAAAGCUCUCUAAAGGCAUCCUCCAAACGAUGUUCCAACUACUAAAUAUUAAAUUAAAUAUUUGUAUUAUAUACUAUUACAACUUGAUGUAUCUAUUGUCUACUUUAAUGUGAAGCCAAUAAAUGAUGCACAUUUAUAUUAAUGUUAAUGUUAAUAUAAGUAUAUUUUGGCCUUUAA